AUGCCCUCCAUCGCCGUCGUGGCGUCGUCUCGAGCCGUUAUCUCCGGCCGUUUGACUUCCGCUACCAUUGUCAUCUCCAACACUACUGGCAAGAUCAAUGCCGUCUUCGAUUCCGUGAUCCCUGCCUCGGAAUUUCCAGCGGGUACACCGUACACCGACUAUUCACCCUAUGUAUUGCUGCCCGGUCUGGUCGAUGCUCACGUUCACCUGAACGAGCCUGGCCGCACCGAGUGGGAGGGCUUUUACACCGGCACCCAGGCUGCUGCCUUUGGUGGUGUGACUACCGUGAUUGACAUGCCUCUCAAUGCUAUUCCACCCACUACUACCGUGGCCAACCUGAAUGAGAAGAUCAAAGCUGCCACAGGCAAGUGCUGGGUGGACGUUGGCUUCUAUGGCGGUAUCAUCCCCGGCAAUGAUGCCGAUCUCAAGGGUCUGGUCGACGCCGGUGUCCGUGGCUUCAAGGGUUUCUUGAUUGAUAGUGGUGUUGAUGAGUUCCCUGCUGUGGCUCAAGAUGAUAUUCACAAGGCUAUGGCUGCGUUGGCAGAUGAGGCCACCACCCUCAUGUUCCACGCUGAGAUGGUGCCUCCUAUCACCAAAUCUGUUGGUGACGAGACCCAAACUUCGGCUCCCCCGGCUGCCCCGGCUGGUCCUCUGGAGGCCUACUCGACCUUCUUGGCCUCCAGACCCUCGGAAUUCGAGACUUGUGCCAUUGAGCGCAUCCUGUCUAUGGCUCACCUUGCACCCAACCUCCAACUGCACAUCGUUCACUUGUCUGCCAUGGAGGCUAUUCCUAUCCUCCGGGAGGCCCGCGCUAACGGCGUCAAGAUUACCGCUGAGACUUGCUUCCACUACUUGUCUUUGGCUGCCGAGCAAGUGCGUGAUGGUGACACUCGCCACAAGUGCUGCCCUCCCAUUCGCUCUCAGCUCAAUCAGGAUGGCCUGUGGGAGGAGCUGGAGAAGCACGCCAGUGACGGUGUCAUCAAGACCGUUCAACUUCCUUCACAUAUCCCCGGCAACUGCCAUGCCGAGUCCGGCAAGGAGGAAAAGGGCGAUUUCUUCUCUGCCUGGGGCGGUAUUUCCUCCCCGCCGCAAGGGCCUGACCCCCCCCCCAAUGAUGAGAACACCCGAAACUCCCUGCAAGAUGUUGUUCGCCUGUGCUGCGCUAACACCGCCGCUCAGGUCGGUCUGGAGAGUCACAAGGGAGAUUUGCGUGUAGGCUUCGACGCCGACAUCUGCGUCUUUGACGACUCCGCCGAGUGGGUCGUCGAGCCCAGCACCAUGCUCUUCCGCAACAAGUGUUCGCCCUAUCAGGGCAAGACAUUGCGCGGCAUGGUUCGUGAGACCUGGCUCCGCGGCGAGCGCAUUUUCAGCCGCAACGCCGGCUUCGCCUCCAAGUCUCCCGCCGGCAAGCUGCUUCUCGAGAAGCGGGUCUAA